AGCUGAACAGUUCUGCAUGAAGAAGCUUUUCGGACUGAAGAGAAACUCUUUUCAGUGCAAAUGCCAGAGCCUUGAAGGGACCAAUUGCCUCCGUGCCUAGCAGCACAACACCAAGAACAGCACCUUCUCCUUAUAACAUGGGCCCUGAUGGUGGUUUCCUAAGCGCUGGGAUGCUUCAUGUCAUCAUAUGGGGAGGCUUGGCAGCCAUGACAAUGCUGCUGUUCUUCACUUUUCUUAUGUUCCUCUGCUCCAGCUGUGAGAGGGAGAAGAGACCCAAGCAGCUGAAUGGGGACCAUGAAAAUCUGAUGAAUGUGCCUUCAGAUAAGGAGGCAUUUAGCCACUCGAUCACAAGUCUGACUACAGAUCCACUUGCCAGCAGUGAACAAAAUGGUGGGCUCAGUAAUGGUGAUGUGCUUUCCGAAGACAGCACAACUGCUUGCAUCCAGCCUUAUGAAGAAGUACAAACCUCUGUUACAGAUCUCUUGGAUCAACAGGACAGUUUGGGAAAGUCAUUAAAAUAUCAUCAAAGCCGUGAACUACCCAGAAUUCCUCCAAACAAUGCCAUAGAAACUACUAUUUCUACAAAAAAUACAGAAAAUGAUCAGGGUCUAGGAAUGGAGGGGCCCUAUGAAGUGCUGAAAGACAGCUCCUCUCAAGAAAACAUAGUUGAAGACUGCUUGUAUGAAACUGUGAAGGAAAUUAAGGAGCUGGGAGCAGCGGGCAACACAGAGAAGAGCAAACCAAAAGCAGCUGUGACGGUUAAUGGAAGUCCAGACCAUGUUCUUGAGCGCAAGACUGAAUCAGCUGAGUAUGCCUCGGUUGACAGAAAUAAAAAAAGCCGCCAGAGUGGGAAUUCAGAGAGUCCUCUUAGCAACACUCCAGAUGUAGAAGAUGAAGCCCCACCGCCAGUACCAGUGAAACUCCUUGAUGAAAAUGAGAAUGUACAGGAAAAGGUAGCCAAAGAGGAGGAAGAGGUGACAGAAGGGACUAGUGAACCUGUUAAGAGGUUCAGUUCAUUGUCUUACAAAUCUCGAGAAGACAACCCAUCUCUUACAGAAGAUGAGAUUUCAGCAAUGUACUCUUCUGUAAAUAAGCCAGGACAGGCCUCCAGAGACCUGGAGUCUACAUACACCUGUAUUCCAGAAAUUGUACCUCAGAAGUCACCAUCGAUUUGCAGUGGCCUCUAUGCCAGUGUGAAGGACUUGGAAAAUAUCCCACAUCUUACAACCAUGCCUCAGUCACCAGACAGACUAAAUGGGGAGUUAGAGCCAGACUAUGAAGCGAUUCAUACAAUAAAUCGUGAGGAAGACAGAAAUGUUUUAGUGCCUAACAGCAGCCAAUCCAUCCUCCCACAAGAGAAUGACUAUGAGAGUAUUGGGGACUUGCAGCAAAACAAGGAAAUCACUAGACUUUAACUUUAUUGAAGACAGGGCCCUGGGAAUGGACUUCAUGACGUGUGUUCAAGAAAUCCAGGAUCCACUCCACUUCAUAUCACUUGCACACUUGACUCACGAGUGAACAUGAGAUUUUCUCUCCACUGAAAAAUGCAUUGUGUUUGAAGUGUUUGUCAGGUGACAUGAAAGCUUGCUCAGAGAUGUUUGAUCUGAGAUGGCUGCUUCACACUUGCAAAUCAUCUUACAGAUGUGACCUCACCCUAGGGAACAGGCAAGGGCUACUGCUUCUUUUGAAGAAGAAAGAGAAGCCAACUGGAAGAUGAAACAAACUGCUUCUUUAAAAAAUAAAAUCUUUGCAUGCCUUGCCAAAAUGUGCAAUCUUAUCUGGCUGCUCUUGUAGGUGAUGGUCACCACAAGAGAAAGAUAAAAUCAGAAUCAACAUUGAAGGCUUUGACUGACACAACCAGUUUUUUGUAGAGUGUGCCAUUUUUGUCACUUGCCAAAAGAUAUAUGUACAGGGAGUUACACCUACCCACCUACAUAUAUAUACAUACACACACACACAUACAUUAUCAUUAAAAAAGCAAUGUUUCAAUUCUCUUUAAAAUGUUAUUUUAUCAUUUCUUUCAACCAUUCUAAUUUGUACUUAGAAUUUGUACACUCUUUUAGCAUGUACAAUGCCAUACAUUCAUGGUACCUGGCAAGCAGAUACUGUCCACAGCCAGACACACAGGCAUGCAAGCAAGCACUAAACUUGAAGUUAUGAGAUUUUUGAUAUUGCCAGAGAACACUCAAACUUGACCUCAGUCUCACCCUUUGGCUUUUGUCUUGCUUUGCGAAGGUGAAAAACAGAACAAUUUGAGGCAGGGACAGAUGUCAUUGGUGGAAGAUCUGUAAGUCUGUUUCUGAAGGAUUACCGUAGAUACGGUUGGAGAUGGCUGGCAGUCCUACCUCCUACCUACUCCGUUGCAAUCUACUACAGUAUGGUACUAAUAUUCACAAGUAAGCUCUUUCCACGGUACUUGAAAGAAUCUUGUAAAAUCCAUUUCUUAUCCUCUGUAGUAGCUUACUAUGAUCUAUCUCCUCACUUUGACAGCCACUUGUACUUUGGACACUUAUUAUAUUAUCCAAUCUAUUCAAACAUGUGGAAAUAUUUUGUAUUGAAUGCACUUCCCAGCCCAGGGAGGCACAGUAUUUAAUGCAAGUUUAAGAAAUCAUGUAAUGCAUGAAAUGGUAAGCUGAAAAUUUUAAAAGUACUAUGGAGUUUGGAAUUACUUUAUGAUGUGUCCAGUUAGAAGUUAACAGAAAACCAUUCAAGAUAUCUAAAACAGACUGUAAAAUUUGAACUGAAAGUUAAGUAAAAAUUAAAGCACAAGGGAAAAUAAUUCUAGCAGAUUCAGGGCAUGGUCUCAGUGACCUACCGUUUUUGUAAGAAUCACUCUGGGAAGCAUUAGCAUUCAGUAACCCACUUACAAGGUAGUGCCAACUUCUGGGUAGCUGCUGGCAGUCAAGCUUUUUCUUUCAACCAAGGCAGAGACUUCAGGAGUUUUGAACCAGUAACUCAAACCAACAUACCAUUUUUUGCGCAACCUACAGAGGGUCAAAGUAUACAGUAUAUUAACUAAAUAGUUUAUCACUAACCCAUCGUUGUUUUUACUCUAAAGUAAGUGCAUGGGCUCCAUCUGGAUUGGGAUCACCAUACUGCUGCAGGAAAGGCUUACAGAUCUCUUCAUAUGCUGCUUGCUUCCUCAAAUUCUACAUGCAUUGAAGGCAGAAGCUUCAAUGGAUACCACCUGCAUUAAGGAAGAGUUUUUUCCCCUUUAACCCCAGUAUGGGAUGUAUGUGAAAUGUGUUGCAGUUCACUUUUGAUCAGUUUUCAUCCACUUUCUGAACAGAACACAGACUGAAAUGGAAUAUGGGUUCAUACAUUGUUGAAUUUACAGUGUGAUUCAUGGACCCAAAAAUGA